UCUCUCCUCCCCAAAAAACCCACACUACAAAACCCAAACCGGCACUAAACACAAAGCAACAAAACCACCAAAAAAAAAAGAAAUCAAAUCGAGAGAAAAAAAAAAGACAAAGAAAUGACUACGGUGAGGAGACCCAAAUGGCACCCACAACCACCACUACAAACACCAAGAAUCCUCCACCUUCCACGGCGGACUUCUACUUCUACUCGCCGGAAAGUGCCCACUACGAACGUGAAAUCGAAUUCCGACGUCAACCCUUUUCUCCGGCGAUCUCAGAAGGGUAAAUUAGAGAAACUCUUUGACCAAGAGAGGGCGUUUUCGUACACUCUUCCUCCGGUGCCGGUGGUGUUGCUAAAUUCCGGCGAGAGGGGUAGAAAUGAGAAUGUGCCGGAAAGUGAGGGGGAGAAAUGGCGGUUUCAAGCUGAAAUGUUGAGGGCGGAGUGUAAUUUCUGGAGAAUGGAGAGAGAAAUUGCUGUUAAGAAGAUGGAGAGAGAAAGGGUAGUUUUGGAAAAGAGCUUGAAGUCUGCUGUUCAUACACUACUCUCUGGAAAAAAGAAAAUCCGGGAGGGUGAAAGCGGGAAUUCAAUGCUAGAGGAGGAAAUUGAGGAGUUAGCAAAGAAGCUUAUACAGUUACAAAAGAGCUUCAAGCAUAUAAAAAGCCCUGAACUUCAUCAUAAUUGCAGCAGCAGCAGUAAUUUUGAUAAGCAAGCCUCUUUGCUUCAGAAACAACUCGAAAAAUUCAGUGAAAUGCAGGAAGAAUGUUCUGUUAAGGAGAUUUCAGAAGUAUCAGAAGUUAGCUUACCUAUCAAUUCUACCACUACAAGAGAUGGGAAGAUUAAAUGUCACGGUUCCAAACGUCGUCAGUCCACCAGGUUUACUGAUGUGGAGAUUUUGAGAAGAAAAAUGGAAGGAUUAUCAAAGGGGAAAUUGUUGAAGAGAAUGGAAGAAGAGUAUGGAUACAUGUUAUCAGGAACAGCUAACUAUUCUGUUUCCAGUUCUGCUUCUACAUCGAAACGAUAUGACUUUGCAGAUUCAUCUUCCUUUCCAAUUCAGCAAUCCUCAUCACAGGAGGCAAAAUCUGGGGAGCUCAAAAUGUGUUCAGGCAAGUGUAAAGCAAUAGUAAGGAGGAUCAUGGAACAGGUCAAAGCUGAGACAGAACAAUGGUCUCAGAUGCAAGUGAUGUUGGGGCAAGUUAAGGGGGAGAUGGAAGAAGUGCAGGCUUCUCGCGAUUUCUGGGAAGAACAAGCACUCGAAUCCGAGCACAGAACCAAGAAACUGGAUUCUGAUGUGGAAGAAUGGAAACAGAAAGCACUAUCUCAUGAAACAAAGCAAAAUCAGCUACAGAAACAGGUACAAGAACUGCAACAAGAACUCGAAAACUUAAAACUCAGUAAACAUUCAGCACCACCAAUUACACUAGGAGCUCAACUUGCAAGAGAAAAGAGAAUGCUAAUGUGUCGUGUCAAAGGAAACAGCAACAAUCAGCAAACAAACCAGGAAAAUGCUGAUAUAAAAGAGGUUGAUGUUGAUUACAUUGAAGCAAAGAAAACGGUACAGAAAUCCAGCAUCAGACAACCAUUCAAAGAGAUCGGUAAUUAUAAUAAUAAGUCAUCACCACCUUUGCUGAGGCAGAAUAGUAGAAGAUAUGUAUACCCUUUGCAUAGUCCUAAUAACUCAUAAGGAAUUUGCUUAACAGAAAUUUGUAGAACUUUGAGAUUUGAGAAAUGUUAAUGAGGCUUUAGGUAUAGAAAACUCCUUUUUUUGUUAUAAUAAAUUUGAUUAAGUUACUAGCUUGAUCAUGUGAGAAAGGGGUUUGGGGAAGCAAUUCAUGGUAUAUGAUUAUUAUUAAUGGACAUAAUCGGUCAAACAUAUUA